AUCGCCUUCUUUUAUUUUCUUCUUCUUCUUUACCUUUUUUCUCUUUUUUCUUUUUGGUGAUGCAUAAAUAAACCUAUUACAUAUAUUUUCUUUAUUCAUUCAUACAUAUACAUUCAUACAAUAAACAACAACUACAAACAACAACAACAAGAACAAUAAAGAAAAAGGGUAACCAUGGUUUCAACUGACUUGCAAGAUGCAACAAAUGAUGUUUGGUUUCAUAUACGUUCGAUUGCCACUGGAAACCUCAUUACAUGUAUUUCUUCUGAUUCCUCCUCCUUUCUUCGCUCACAAGUUUAUGUAUGUCCAUAUCAACAACAAUCUGAUUAUGCACUAUGGACAUGGGAUGGUUCCUUCUUACGGAAUAAAGCAAGUCAAUUGGUCUUGGAUAUAAGAAAAGGUCGAUUACGUAUGAUGGAAGAUACGGAAAUAUGUCUUUUUACAAUGAAAUCGCCAGAAGACGCGCAUAAUCAAUUAUGGGGAUGCAAAGAUGUCGUGGAUGAUCUCGGUAGGAAACAACAAGGUAGUUUCAUUUACUCUCUCCGCAAUGAAGAAUGGGUAUUGGAUAUUGGUCAAAUCGAUGAAAAAUACAAUAACUAUAACAAAUUGAUUUUAUUUCCCAGUCAAACCAUCGAUAAUGAAAAUCAACGUUGGAUUCUAGAGCCAGUAACAACAUCUUUAUCUUCAACAACUACAAAACCACAAGAUAUUUCUUCUUUACGACCAUCAUCAACUGGAGUAUCUGAAAUUAAUACAACAAGUACUACACAUCAGGAUGCCCAAUCUUAUCAUGAAUUCUCUUUUUCUUCAAGUCGAUCUUCUUCUUCGGUUGAUCUAGCUGGCAUGGAUUUCCCCUAUGGUUUAAUGCCCGCUAAACGUGGUUCUCAAAGUUCCGUAUUGGCUUCUUCCUUAUCCACUUUUAAAGAAAAUCAUCAAUUGGCUUAUAUUCAACGAGCAUCAAAUCUCAAUGACAAGUCAAUAGCCAUGGCCGUAGCUUAUGAAACUUGGCAAACUUGGAAAAAAGAUCAACUUGAUCAAACUAUCAAUACGGAUUUACCACUCAAGGAAAGACAAGACAAACUUCGGGUUUCUUUACAGUCAUUGGCACGUACAGAAGCCACGCGUCUUUUAAAUGAUACCAAUACCAACAUCAACUCAACUCAUCAACAAUCUGUAUUAACCUUAACUAAUCGAUAUAUUAUUCAACUUUAUGAACAGUUACCUUCUACUCCAUGAAUUCUUUUAUUUUUUUUAUUUUUUAUUUUUCAUGUAUUCUUCUCCUUACUCCUUCCAUUAUCCUUUAUUUUUGCAUAUAUUAAGAUAUUAUCCCUAAGUUUUCUUAACUCCAUCUCAUUUGUACAUGAUUUUUAUUUCUUUAUUUUUUUUUUCUCGGUCUCUCUCUCUCUCUUUCUUUCACAAACACAUGCAACAUUAUUCCCAGUUAUAUCACACCUUUUUUUUUUUUGUAUGAAUUUCUUUCUUUUCUUUUCUUUUCUUUUUUUUU